AAGACUGGUGCAUACCUCGAGACCUUCGAGAAGCUACAUGUCUCAACUAGCAACUUUCGAGCUCCCCAAGUGGGUUGAGGGCAAAGGCCCCAGUGCGACUUACACGCUUGCUGGAAGUGCAACUCCCGGCCUGUCAAUCAAUGAUUUGGUAGAGAUAUCCAACGAUAAGACGAGCACGCUCAAAGCGCUUGACUUCCACCAUGUCAAGCUGGGUCUUGGUCCAAUGCAGGGAAGCACAGCCCUUCGACGCGCCAUAGCAGCAUUGUACACACACCGAAAAUCUUGGAUCACCGAAGAUCACAUCCUGACUGCGGCCGGCACCACUGGAGCCAACCUGAUGGUAUUUCAGAGCCUCCUCAAGGCGGGUGAUCAUGUGGUGUGCACAUACCCAACCUAUGAGCAACUCUCCAAAUACCCUCUUGCACAGCAAUGCGAAGUCUCCCUGUUACGGCUCCGUCCACAGAAUGGUUGGAAAGUGGACGUGAAAGAGUUGAAGGGGUUGAUCACGCCGAAUACCAAGAUGAUCGUGAUAAACAGUCCCAGCAAUCCUGCAGGUUCCCACGUCGACGAAAAGACUCAAGUACAGAUUCUGGAAGCGGCCAAGGAGCAAGGAAUUAUUGUUUUGGUGGAUGAAAUAUUUCGACCUCUAUUUCACGGCGUAAAGCCAGCACCGUCAUUUGUUGAACAUGAUUACGACCGGGUUGUCGUCACUGGAUCGAUGAGCAAAGCCUGGGGACUUUCAGGAAUUCGAGUGGGCUGGAUCACCACUCGCAACCAGUCAUUCCUAAGACUGCUCGCCAACGCGAAGAGUUACAUUGUGCAAGCAACUGGGUCGAUCGAUGAGGCAAUUGCUGCUGAAGCGUUGAGCGACAGGUGCCGAGGGGCAAUUCUGGGGAAGCACCUCGAAUAUGCAAGGGACAACCUCGCCAGCAUACAAGCCUUUCUCGACAGAAAUAGUGAUAUGUGCUCGUGGACCAAGCCCACUGCUGGCGCAAUAGGAUUCAUCCGAUUGACACAGCCAUCGGGCAGCCCACUUGACGACGUGGAAUUCUGCCAGUCUCUUCUGGAGACAAAGGGAGUUCUAUUCAGCCCAGGCAGCUUGACAUUUGGGGAGGCGGGCGAUGUAACUAUGAAAGGGUAUGUCCGCUGUCAUUUUACUGGGCGACCACAACAUGUAGUUGAAGCCUUGGCCCUGGUAGAUGAGUAUCUGAGCGAAUUGCGUUCUCGAUCCUAGCGAAAGCCCACGGACGAUACGUAAAUCCGGUACAGGUACUUGAUGCGUUUGUCCUGGUAGGAAUGGGGUUAUGUGUGGUGGAGAUCGGAAAGAUCCAUUGCUCAGUAUUUCUAGCAUAUACCUUUUGUUUUGCCGCUUCAAACUCUGGUGGUAUUCUUGGUCCAAAUGGCAGCCUAUGAUCACCGACGUCAAUCGGCCUCUGAGUCCAUCAAUCUCUCUAUAUGGAUUAAAAAUUAGCUUGGGUCAUUAUUCUAAACAUAUGUGUCCUCUCUUUUGGGGUUGGGAAGGUCAGAUAUCCGCUCCAUGCAAGAACAGCUUGGUGUGACUCGGUUUGCUCUCGUUAUCAAACCACUCAACAUCCGACGAGUGAACAAGACAUAGAUUG